AUGUCAGAGCAAGACAGAGAACUGCUGGAUCGAAUCAGCGCGCUUGCUGGACAAAUUAACCGCCACAAGAACCAGCGGGCUGGGUUUCAGCCGUCGCAAAGCUCGCGGGACUAUCGUCAUCAAAAUAUCCAUUAUCGGGGUAAUGCCUACCGCGGUCGAGGCUAUCGCGUCGGCCGCCCACCUGCGGUCCAUCGCCACCGCACGCUGACCCUUAAUGCGCAACCUAGCUCAUCAGAGUCAACACCGUCGACUCCUGUCAGCUCUACAGAUAACGCGCAGUGGGUCUCCAAGACAGACCGACACAAGCAACUCAUCAAUGCCAGCAUUUAUCAGCAACAAGCGCAGUCACGCGCUCAAGCAAUGGAAGAAACCCGCCAGCGUAACCUAACGCAGCAGAAGAGCAGCGAAAGAAGCCGCUUCAACAAUUUCCUUCAGCACACCUACAAUGCUCAAAAGCAAGCGCAGGCCGAAAUAAGCAUCGGUAACAUACGGUUUCUAGUCAGAGACGGGGGCAAGAAGCUAGUGCGAGCGGCUGAUAACUCUAGCGACGCCCCUCUCACGCCAAAAAGUACGAUCGUUGCAGGUGUCCGAUUUCACCGUACAAAGACGGGCAACCUUGUCGCCAACCGAGUAAUCAAAGAGCACCGACGCUCCGGAGCCGUCCAGAAAGUUGAUGAGCUAUGCAAGAUCUUUUCUACGACUGGUAAUUUCUCAUUCAGUGCCGCCGACGGCUCAGACGCUACGAAUAAAUUUCGGGGGACCUAUAGGGGAUCCUGCCGCAAGGGGCCUUCGUGUCGAUACCAGCACGAUCCACACAAGGUUGCCAUCUGCAAAGACUUUUUGAAAGACGGUCGAUGCAUCAACGGCGAACAUUGCGAUCUCUCGCAUGAACUCACGCUCGAACGAGUUCCGAACUGCUUACAUUUCGCCAAGGGCAACUGCUCCAACGCAAAUUGCCAGUAUUCGCAUUCUGCUGCCCUACCUAGUGCGCCGGUUUGCGAAAAUUUUGGGUAUCGCGGUUACUGCGACAAAGCCGCGACGUGCACCGAGCGACACGUAUUCGAAUGCCCUGCUUUCAGCAAUACAGGGACCUGUAAGACCAAAGGCUGUAAACUUCUCCAUCGCGAAAGGGCAAGCGUCCUUCGCAACCAGGUGCGACAAGAGCAGGACGAUACCAUGGAAGACAUCUCGAGCGAAGAAGAAUCUGCUGACUCGGACGAUGUGGAUUCGGACGAUGUCGCGGAGUAUCUGGAAGCCGAUGAGGGCGAUUCUGACUUUGAACACGGCAAGGACUUCAUUCCGCUGUAG